UGAGUAAACAAGACGGGCAGACGCCGAGGAUGGUUGUAUUUAACUUAAUAUAUUUCGGCUUUCCAGCUUUGUGACUGCCUGUAAGCAGACAAAUCUCAAGGUUGUAGAAUUAAUACUUUGAAUCUUUGGAAACACAUAUAAUUUUUUUAUGUUAUCGCAGAGCUCAGAUUUGACAACAUAUGUCAGUGAUAUUAAACCUGACUGAUUCAGAUUCCGGGGCUAACGAAGAAUAGGGGCAUCAGUUGCCGGGGUCUGUGUAUUUAAGGGUCUCUCCCCACCCCCCUUUAAACGACUGCUUGAAAACGAUAUUAGCCCAGCGGCCACACUCGGACCGUGGGCGCAGGUCGGGCCGCCAGCGCGGUUUGGGAAGCUUGCCUGCCGCCGACCGUCGGUGUUAAGGAGGGGAGAGGACUUCUGCAGGUGGCGCAGAGUGGCCAUCGUAUUCUGAAGCCCUUACAACGAACAGAUAUGGUGAGAAUGUUUUACAGUAUCCUUCUUUUAUUUAUCAUAUCUGGACUCUUGUUUGGUGAAGAGACAACUACUCGUGGAGCAGCUCGUGGGGCAGUUCCCUCUCCUGGGAAGGGGUCGUCCAGGAGGAGGAAGGACAAGGAGGACGUCUUGGACUCCAGCCAGGCUGCUCUCAUUGUAAUGGAUCGGCGUUACGUGCGCAGGGACUGGUGCAAGUCCCACCCUCUCAUCCAGACCCUGAAGGAGGAGGGCUGCGUCAGCCGCACCGUCAUCAACCGCUUCUGUUACGGCCAGUGCAACUCGUUCUACAUCCCGAGCUACGAGUACGGCGGGGACCCCUUCCGCUCCUGCUCCUUCUGCAAGCCGAGGAAGUUCAACACUGUCACCAUCUCCUUCAACUGCCCCAGCCUCCAGCCCUCAUCCAGGCGAAGGCGGAUCCAGCUGGUGAAGGAGUGCCGCUGCAUCUCCAUAGACCCGGAAUAGGGCACGGCGGGGAAGAGCUGCUGUCUGUUUUCAGAGUGGCACUUUAGGCCAGGAGGACUCCACGACGCGCAUCAACGAAAACCCGUGCAGGCGAAAGCGUGCAGCUGGCAACUGCUCCAAUAAAUCAUUAAAUUAUGUAAAUGGUAAAUCAGUCUCGGAAUCUAGAAAGUCAUUCUUUUUUAAACAAAGGAACUUAUGGUAAUCUACAGUGAAGAAAAUGCUAUCUGAUGAUCGGAAAGGAAUCAAGCAGGUGACUGCUAAUAAAAAAAAAUCAAUCUUCCUUAAGAAGCAAGCUUGCCUGGCGAGACAGAUUCUGAGCACGCACUUCGUCUGCCUGUGAAGAACUGCAGGCUAGAUCCCAAUGUGGGUUCCGGCCUUGUUGAACAAUAGCUUUCUUUCAUUUUAGGCAGUGCUUUUGACCUUCGCAAAUGUGCCACUGUGUAUUGCUCUUUGAGGGGAGGGGUGGUUAUGCUGUCAUUUGAAAUCACAAUAACCAAUA